GUUGUGAUUGGAUGUUCGGGGCGCCGCUUUCUCCCAGUGGCUGCGCGGUUUGUUGCGCGAUAUCACUAACCAACUGUACACAGAGCGGGGCCGGGACUGUCUGGCACUGGGACCCUCGCCUUCUGGGGCCAUGAACCUGGGGGAUGGCCUCAAGCUUGAGACCCAGAUUUUGGACGGGAAGACAAGACUCAUUUUGGCACCGUAUGGAAGUGAUAGAAAGCUUAAUAAGCAGGCAGGCAACAAAGGAAGGACGCAGAAAGUCACACAGCCCAGCCAGGUCCUUAAAUCUGUUCAGACCAAUAAUGUGAAGCCGGAAGCUGCCGGACAGAGAAUCAAAAGUGGCUCGCGAGACGGGCAGCCCAGCAAGGCGCAGGUUAACGUGCUGAAGGAGUUGGAGAAUAAACACCAGGCCCCUGUCCUACAGCAAAAUGUGCAGCUCCACAAGCAGGACCCGGGGAAAGCAAAGGCGCAGCCGAAAAGGCCGACGCACUCCGGCGCUCCCCGGCAGCAGCGCUCCCAGCCCAAGGUCUCGGCCGAGCAGCUCAGAGAGAGCCUGGUGUGUCUCACCCAAGAGCAGUUCCAGCAGAUUCUAAUGACCAUCAAUCAGGGAAACAAAAUAAUCACUCAGGAUCAGAGGGAAAGUGACGCGCCAGAAGCUGGUACCGAGGAGAACACGACAGAACCUGCACGGAAUGAGAAUGUUCUGGCAUCACCGGACCUGGAUCCCAAAGCUGCUGAGCAGAGCACCGACGUAUACAACACGAGGCUGCAGGGCGAUUUAUUCAGCACCCUGGGAGAACGCGAGCGAGACAAAAGCCUCGAGGAAGCCAAAAAAACGAAGUGGCGGAAAGAAUUAGAUGAGCAAAUUGCUACAAAGAAGAGGCUAAGGGAGUCUGCACAGGGGGGCUGGCGAUACUCCCGGCACCAGGGAAUGUCCAGCUCAGAGCCCGGUGGGUGUGACAGUGUGCAGCCGUCGCUACCAGAAGCACAGAAAGAUCCAUAUAGCAGCGACCGUGGCACCCCUGCCCAGGAUGAUAUGCUUUUCGGAACAUCCACCAGUACAGAGACCAGUGAUUCUUCACCCAUUGUCCUGAGUGGUCCAAGUGGAAGAGGCUCAAGUUUUAGCUCCCCUGAGCUUCCAGCUGCUAUCCGCAGUGCUUUUGUUUUGGGGGAAGCAGCACCAAUGGACCACCCUUUCAGUGCCAUCAAGCGGCAGCAGCAGAAGAAAUGGCUGGAGGAGCUCAAUAAGCAAAGGGAAGAAGCAGUCCUGCGCAAGAAGCUGGAAAAGAAGAAGAUGUUAGAGAUGGAGGAGACGGAGAAGUGGGCGAUGCAUUUUGACUCCUUUAAGAAGAUUAGUGAUCCCCAAACACAGGCCCCAUACACCCCGGCGGAACUGCUGCAAACUCAGAAUCUGUUACCAGCCCAACGGACUGCCCAUUCAGCAUCGGCAGAGCCAAGCGUUACUCCAGAUUUGAGUCCGACCCAGUGUGCAGGAUCCGAACUGCUCAGAUCGUCUCAGGACAACCAGAAAACGGGGUUCCUCCGUACCAUGACGGCCCUAUUGGAUCCGGCGCAGAUCGAGGAGCGAGAGCAGAAGCGGCUGAAGCAGCUGGAACACCAGAAGGCCAUAGCGGCACAGGUUGAAGAAAAACGCAGGAGAAAACAGCUGGAAGAGGAGCAAAAGCAGCGAGAGGAGCAGGAGGAGGAGCAGAAACUGGCGAUGGAGCGAGAGCAGAUGCACAGGCAGUUUGAAGAGGAUACGAAACGUCAGCGACAGAAAGAAGAGAUGCUGAAGCUGAAGACUAAAGAGCUGUAUGAGAGUAUGCAGAGGGCACAGGAGGAGGCUCAGAGGCUGAAGCAGCAACAGAGGAUGCGCCAUUUGGAGCACAAAGGACACGACAUCUUCCAGCUGCAGAGGAACGACGACACUCACGGUGAAGCCGCGCAGUUGGACGCCAGUAGGGCCGGCAGCAGGAGCACAGAUACGACUCCAUUAUACCCUCCGUCUGUAGCAAACAGCGCUGCGACCCACGUGCCCGAUGUGUUGGUUUCACCCCGAAAGGAUACCGCUGUGCAAACUGAUGAGGUUGACAGGGGAGUGACGGUGGGGGCGGCGCUACCGGCAAAGGACGCGGUGUGGGGGCGGAGCCCAUCCCCGGAGGUGCCCAUUGAAUUUAAGGCGCAAGGGAGGAAGCCCAGGAGCCUCCGAGAGAGAAGCAGCUCCAGGAAGGAAAACAAAGAGCUUCCCCACGAUUAUUACGAGCAGUUUGCGCGAGCGGAACGUCAGGCAAAGGAACCGGCCCAGAAGCCCGACUGGAACAAAAAUAAGCCCCCGCGGAGGUUUGUCCCGGCCUCUGAGAGGUACCCCAAGGGGCUGCAGCGGCAGCGGGAGGAGAGCCGCGUCCGGAGGCAACACGAGCUGAUGCACCUGCUGGAGAAAAACGCGCCCAGCAACCUGCAGCCCAAGAAGGGCGACUCCCCCAAAAAGUCUCUCCCCGGCGACGACGCAAAGGGGAAGCUGCUGGCAAAGAAGGCGGUGCCGGAGGAGCCAGUUGAGAAGGCGGAGCCCUACAUUAAAAGAUCUGAUUCGCCGCCGGUCCCCGCAGUGAAGAACAGGAUGCACCAGUCGCACAAGAGGCAGAAUUCGACCGCCACUAACGCAGUUUACAACGGGGGCGCCAUACAAGGGGGCACCUACACCGUCAGCCAGAGGGACGUCUCCCCAGAGAGCAGCGAGCAGGAGUCUGAGCGGCCGCCAUCUUCCAACUUCAUUCCUUACGUACGGACCAAGGAGGUGUAUUACCUGGAUCCAGACGCCCCCAUGUCUCGCCCUUCCACUCACGAUCCCCAGUACCAGCGCCCCGGGGAUGAACAGACCACUCGGCAGAUCUUCAGCUCUGACCACGCGAGAGACCCCCUGCUGAACCCCAGUGUCGUGAAGAACAAGGACAGGCAGCAAGCCAUUCUCAAGGGACUGUCGGAACUACGGAAGGGGUUACUGCAGAAACAGAAAGAACUGGAAACCGGUUUGAUGCCUGAUAUUUAAGAUCCGAUCGAGCGGAUUGGAAAUAAAGCCACGUGAUUGGGCCAAAUUGUACAUAUUUCCUGGUACAGUCUCGCAGUGUUAGUGACUAUGGGUGUAACGUGUCUCGUUUGUGUUGUGUGCUGUGCAAUAUAUAUAUAUAUUUAUACCUGUCUCUUAUAUAUAGAGUGCUCCUGUGUAUUUUGUAGGCUGUUACUGUGACUUUUGAUAAAUAAAUAUUUUUUUAUUA